ACGACGAUGAUGAUGAUGACAAAAAUACCACCACCAACAACAACAACAACAUCAACAUCAGCAGCAGCAAUAACACCAGAAGCAGCAGCAGCGGCGGAAGCAGCAGCAGCAGCUAGUUGUAUGACGACGACGACGACGACCACGAUGACAGUGAUGACAGCCGCAACGGUAACAACGGUAGCAGCGCCGCCGCCGCUGACGCCGUCGCCACCACCACCACCAUCAGCAGCAGCAGCAACAACAUUAUCUUCGAUGGAAAUGUCGAAAAUAAUGCUGAUGGUGAAUUCAACACAACAACAACAGCAACAGCAACAGCAACAACAACAACCGCAGCAGCAGCAGCAAUUACUGCCAAUAGCAGCAGCACCAGCUGUAGCAGCUCCUGCCGUCACGGCGACCGCCACGACCACCACAACGACGACGACGGCGACGACAGUCUCAGCAGCACCAGCAACAUCAGCAGCAGCAAUGGUUGUUGUUGUCAAGAAAGACGACAACAACAACGCUAACAACAACACUAAUACAAACACCACCACAACAACAGCAACAACAACAAUUAGUAACAACAACAACAACAACAGGUCGGCCAACACGGCGACGACCUGUGCCUCCCCAAUUGCCGUUAACUUUUAUAACGGUAAUGUUAAUAGUAGUAGUAGUAGUAAUUCUAGUAGUAUUAGUAGUAGUAGUAAUUUUAAUAAUAAUAAUACAAAUAAUAUUCUUAAUAACAACGGUUGUUGUAAUAACAACACCAAUAAUAAUAAUUCUAAGCAAAGCAACAACAACAACAACAACGACGACGUUUUUCGGAAGGAAUCCAACUUGGAACGUGUAGUUGGUAUUUCUACUUUACAAAACGGGGAGAAAGGAUUGACUAACGGAGAUAGUAUACAAAACGAACACGAACAAGAAGAAGAGCACAUGGUGCAAAACCAGAUGACCCCAACGUAUCAGUAUGCACAGACUGGGCUGGAAGAGUACCACCAUCAAGUGGUAAGCCAGGCGCCGACAGUGUCUGCUGCCGGUGCCGCUGUUGCAGACCCCGCUGCCCAGUUUAAAGCAGAGCAAGCCACAGUGUAUGCGACAGCAGCAACAGUAGUGCCGCCUCCAUCCAACGGGGGUGUCGGAGUUGUCCCUGGCGUGGAGCAGCAGACGGUAAGAAGUCGACCCAUACAUCAAACUGACUUAGAUGGUGAAGUGCCUGCAACAGCAGUUACACCAGUCACUAGUGUGGCGCAGGUUGGCACGACAGGUCCCAAACGCCUUCAUGUUUCCAAUAUCCCCUUCCGGUUCAGGGAAGCUGAUCUAAAAGGUUUAUUAGGGCAAUUCGGACAUAUUUUAGAUGUAGAAAUAAUCUUUAAUGAACGGGGUUCAAAGGGAUUUGGUUUUGUAACUUUCCAAAAUAGCGCUGAUGCCGACCGAGCACGUGAAAAACUGAACGGAACUGUUGUUGAGGGACGAAAAAUUGAGGUGAACAAUGCCACUGCCCGUGUUAUGACCAAAAAAGCCGUUAACCCCGCAAUUCCAAAUGCUGCUGCUUUACGAGGUGUGACGUUAACUCGUGGUCGAGCAGCAGCGGCUGUGACGGCACGAGGAGUAUACGCCGCAGCAGCGGCAGCAGCAGCAUUCAGGCACCCGACGCCCUUGACAACAACUGCAGCAGCUUUACCGUACGCCGCUGGAGUGUAUCACCAAGACCCCUUCUUAGCGACAUAUGCAGCAGCUGAUCGAUAUCAGCUCGUUACAACCCAACCGUAUGCAGCUGCAGGCUAUGCGGCUGCAACACGCUAUGCAAUCCCCACUGUAGCAGCGACAGCAGCCACGUACGCGGCUGGGCUACUGUUUACAGGGGUGGUUACCAACGGUUUGCACCAUACUGAGGUCACGUGAGUACGUUGCUAUGAAGCUGAUGGCAAGAAACUGUUUUUUCCUGAAUCUGACAGCAAGACAGGCUGUCUGAUUUUUUUUUAUAUAAAACAAAUAAGUUUAUAUAUAAUAUAUAUAUAUAUAUGUAUAUAUAUAUAUCUAUAUAUAUACAUACACACAUAUAAUAUGUAUAUAUAUGUGUGUGUGUAAUACAUAUAUGUAUGUAUAUAUAAAUAUA